AUGGAGAGGAAGAGAAAGCUGCCGGCCCGGGCUGCGGCCCGCGCAGAGCAGCUCGCCAAGCGCCGCAAUGCUUCAGCUCGCGACCGUACAAAGACUCCUACUCCUCCUCCGCCGCCUCCAGAGCCCAUCGUUGAGCCAUCGCCGCCGACGCCUCCGCGCCCGCCAUUGCCAACCUCUGUCGAGUCGGGCAAGCCGCUGCCAACCAUCGAGGUCGCUCAGUCCCACGACCUGUCCCCAGAGGAAUUCCAAUCCAUCUCGGAAAGUGGUGUCCUUGCCGAGUCACUCGCGCGGUCGAGACAACGAUGGAUCAGCGAAGGUUUGUUCGAAAAGUACUGGACAAAACCGCACAAGAAAAAAGGUGUGCUCAUCGAAGAUCCCAAGAACCCUCCUAAAGACUCCAUGAACAAAAUUGGCAAUGUCACAAUCACCAUCGAACCGCACAUUGUCGAGGCGACCAUGUACGCAGUGAAAGGGCCCAAGCCAAAGCCUUCACCUCAUGUGCUUCAGAAACCACCCCAGCAGCAGCCUGCUCGUCCCAUCAUUCAGUAUGGACCUGCCAAUGGUGCCAUGCCACCGCCAGCACAGCCGCAUAACAUGUCAAGCCCGAUGAACAGGCCAGCGUCGACACAUUCCCCUUCACCACAAUCCCAACCUCCUCAGCCUGGUGCACAACCAGCUAGUCAACAAGCUACAGCAUCACCUGCACCGAAUAAUGCCACGCCCAGCGCAGGCAGUGCACAACGCCUCCCAACACCUGCAAGCCAUCCACAAGGAAUCGCGCCUAGCACGUCGACAGGAGCAGCGUCGGCUCCGGUACAAUCUCCGGCUACUCCUGCCACAAGAGCAGCACACACUGCCUCUCCAGGACCGUCCCAGCAAGCCGCCCCUCCGCGGGCUUCUGCAACUCCAGGUGCCAGUCCAGCACCGGCGGCCGCAAAGCCCGCUACAACAGACCCUGUCAUUGCGCUGCUUGCUCAGAAAGCCUCUAGCGACCCGGAGUUGCGGGACCUGAUGAAGCGUGUUGCUGUCGGUCAGGCCAAACCCGGUGAACUGGCCCAUUUUCAAAAGAUUAUCGACCAACUGAACGCCGAAUAUAAGAGUAAAGGCGGUCAGCAGGGCCCAUCAGCGGAUAGGUUGUCGGUUGAUGGGAGAACCGUCAAGUACUUUGCAGAGGAAGUUCGCACAAUUCUUGACAUUGUCUUGGCUUCAAACCCGAACCAAAAGUCGAGCGAGCUGCGCCCACCCCCUGGAAGCGACCCUCUCGUCGUCCUCUUGGUCAAAACUGCACUUGAGGACGUGCGGACGAGAGACAUGAUUCGCAGAAUCGCGGAAAACCGCCCAGGAAACACUGACGCGACCGACCUCAAGGAGACCCUUGAUCGUCUCAACAGAGACGCAAAGACUGUCCCGCAAGGCUUUCAUGCUCAGCCCUCGGGACGACAGCUGACUCCCAACGGAGUUUCCAAUAACGGCAUGAGAACGCAGCAGUCUCAUUUGACGAAUAGUAUCAACCCGCAACAGCCCAUGCGUGCGAAAGCUCCAGCUGCUGCCUCUAGACCAGACAUUGCUGCUGUUUGUUUUGACUUUGGAGCCGGUGACCGGUUUCUAUUUCCAAAGUUCAGCAUCUUGGAGUUUUUGCCGACUACAUCCGGCCAACAAGUGGUCGCAUCCUUUCUCAUUGUGCGCAAAGGAAGCACGUCGGAAUAUGGAGGGGAUCCCCAACUUGACUACUACCAACCUGUCACUAUCCGUCUCCAGACCAACACUGGUCGACACCUGGAGAAUCUUGCCAGGGUCGUGGCACCACAAGACGAAGUCAGAAGAUACAUGGACGACGUCAUGGACAACAUGACACGUGCCGAAUAUGUACUUCUUGCCAUGCAGCUUCCCCGCCAUGCUCAAAAUCCCGACGAAGUUGAGACAAGUAAAGGCAUUGAAAAAAAUAGCCCAGUCUCUAAUGCAGAGCAAGAAAAGGCGGAGAUUGUGAAGCCUGGCGUGCUAUGGACAGUGAGCGCUGGAUCCAACAGGGCGUCGAUGACCCCGUCGCGCCAGAUACCUCGCAUCGACGCCGAGGAAGAGGCGCAACAAAAAUACCAAAAGCUAAUCAGAUCUAUCGAGGAAAAAGAGUAUGAGUACGUGUGA